CAGCUUCCUGCCGCUGAUGCUUCAGUUACGUUGAUAAUGUCAAAUCGUUUGGUUCGCUGUGCUGUUGCCACCGCCACCGCCCACGAGUACAACCACAACAACACUGCCAAAGACGAGGGCCGACGAGCCAAUAAAUUUAAAUAAUAUCCCAUCACAACAAAAAAGUAAACAACAAGCUUAACGACAAACAGAAUAAAACAAAAAUUGCGUUAAAAGUGCCAAAACUCGGUGGACAAACAAAUGCCGGCUUAAAAAGUGUCAGAAUUUGUGAAAAUUAAUAUUUCACCAGAGAUUUGAGUGCUGCCAAAACAAAUAACAAAAAAAACCAAUAACUCUGAAAACAGGACAAACUUUUUGUUUCGCAAAACUUUUAUUUCGUACACACGUUUUUUGGACCAACGCGAAUUGCUCGCGAAAAUUAUGAAAAAUAUGUGAGAAAUGUGCAAAAUCCACAAAAUACUCGAGAAAGGGCAAAGAGCGUAACUGAGAGCCCCUGGCAUAGGUCAAGCCCUAUCCCCCAGUGCGAGAUAUAUCCUGGUCGGUCCCGAAAUCCCCUGACGUUGCUCUUUCAGCAAAACCCGCCCAUUUUUCGCGGCCCACCGCCCAUCUAGUGCCAUGUGUGUGUGCGAAGGAAAAAGCAGCAGCAGCAGCCCAUUGGAGUGUGUGGAAGAAGCCGUGUAACGUGCUAAAAUAAGUUAAUUUAUUGCCGGCAGAACAACAAUCACAACACACAAAGACAACAACUGCCGGCAGUCAUAACAUUUGCCUUGCUCCCCAUUUACCCAAAGCUGAGUAACUGCCUCUGGGUAACCCAUCUGCAGAAAUAGGCCAAAUUGAAUUGACAUUUAUUGGCCAAUAUAUAUUUAUAAGGCCCGAACGGAAACCAACGAAGAUCCUGGAAAAGAAAAACAGGAGGACACAGCAGCCCUAGAAACAGAAAAAUAGUAAAAAUAUCUAUCUUCAAUGCCGACGACGACGACUAUUCCUGGGGCGGCCACCCAUCAUAUGCAAAUGGCCAGCAAUUGGAGGGCGGGCAAGGAGUAUGGUUCCCAUGGACAACGAAGUGGGCGUGGCUGCAUGUGCUGGACAUCUCUGAUGCUGCUCCUCAUCCUGGUGCCUGAUUUUAUUGUGGCACUCAAGGAUGUGUCGGUAAUGAUACCACAGGCGGUGAAACGUGGCAGCAAUGCGCUGUUCACGUGUAAUUACGAUAUGGAAAACGAUACUCUAUAUUCGGUGAAAUGGUAUAAGGGCAAGCGUGAGUUUUAUCGCUAUACGCCCAAGGAGAAUCCGGCUAUGAAGGUCUUCGCCAUGACAAGUGGCCUCAAUGUCGAGCGCAACCUUUCGAAUCAGAGCCACGUCGUUCUGCAGUCGGUGCCGCUGAAUAUUUCGGGAAAAUUUACAUGCGAAAUAUCCGUGGAGGCGCCCACUUUCCAAACGGCCAUGGUGUCCGGCGAAAUGGAGGUGGUUGAACUGCCGGAAGAGCACACUGUGGUUACCGGGAUACAGGCACGUUAUCGCAUCGGCGAUUUGGUCGACGGCAAUUGCUCAAUUAAAUACUCGAAACCGGCUGCUAAUUUGACAUGGACUAUUAAUGGUAUUGUGGUGCCACCGCACCACAUCAAGACCUACCAGACGGAGAAGCGGGAGAACAGCACCCUGGAAUCGGUAACGAGUGCCAUACAUUUCAUGGUCACCAAUCAGCACUUUCUCAAGAGCCAGAUGAGGCUCAAGUGCACGGCCAAUAUCUUUGACAUCUUCAAGGAGGAAAUGGAGAGUGUCAUCGAGGAGGACCGUCCCAGGAUAAUGGCCUCGGGCAGAUCCUAUGACAUCAAUUAUCCCCCCGAGGAGCCACCAAAUGGCGAACGGGGCGGCUAUGAGGAUCACAACGAGUCCUAUUUGACCUACUACUCGGCGGAUAACACGGCAUCGGGCGCCUCGACAGCUGCACACGAAAUCUUCUGGCAAUUCUGGCCAUCGCAGUUGACAAAGCUGCCCAUCAACAGGCAGUUGGCGGGGGCGUGGCACUGGAUCUGCGGGGGCGGUGGAGCGGCUGCACUGCUUCUUGUGCUAGGGCCGCUGGGCCAUCAAAUUAUCAACUGUCAAUACACAAAGCCGGUGGCGAUGGGCAAGGUGCAACAGCAGCAGCAACACCAACGGCAACAGCAACAUCCAAGCAGCAGGAACGUCGAUGUGACAGCUUCAAAAGCGGCAACAUCCGCACCGAGCGUCAAAUGCUUUUAUAAUUGUCAAAUGGCUAUGGCGACGCCAACUCAGAAACGCGGUGAUGAUGAUGAUGGUGAUGCGAAUAUUGGCAGCACGAGUGUAACUGCAACAGCAACUGCAACUACUGAUGUUGCAAAUGUUGCUGCCGCUGCUGGAGAAGAAGGAGUUGCGAGCAGCAUUAAGCGGCUGUCAGCGACACUUGUGGGGGGCGUAUGGGGUGCAAGGGGCGUGGCCAGUUGGCCGGAUCAACGAUUAUUGAUGACUCGGCGGCGGCAAAAGCGGCAAAAGCGACAAAAGUGGCAUAAGAAAUCGCAUUCGAUGGCUGUGAAUGCGACGAUGCAGUCGCGUUGGAGCGCGUGCUGAUGCCGAAUUGAUGAUGAAAUCCAUUUCCGAAAGUAGCUUAAGGUGCUCGCCACCGAGCAGAAAAAACGGCCCUUUCUUUCAUUUCACCCCCGAAUUGUUGAAGGGCAUAAUUAAUAUACAUUCGAACUCAUAUUGAUUGCAUGAGCGCCAGCUGCAUAAAUCGAUCUGGCCGUAGCUCUUAAGUGUUAUAUGCAUAAGGUCAGGGAAUGUGCAGAAGGGCGGAGUAUUUAAUUAUUGAAAGUAUAGCCGGCAAGUAGAUAUGGCAUCGAUGAAUCAUAACAGGAAGUAAAUUAAUGUUAAGAAGGGGAAAAAUAUAUAACAAAUGGUGAAACCAAAUAAAAUAGCGGAUACCCUGCAGGUUGCAAUCACAAAACUAUAUUUUUGCGUUAUUCAUUGUAUUGUUACAACUAUUGUCCAAUAUGGAAGUACUCUAUUGUUUUCUCACUGAAUAAAAUUUCAAUUUACACAUUUUUUUUCACUUGUCUUCAUUUUUAUAUUAUUAACUUAGAUAACGCAUAUUAUCUAAGCAUCACAAACUUACUGACAAUAAAGAGGUUUUAUCAUUUUCUUAUUACUUUUUUGCAAUAUAAAUAAGAACAAUUGCUUUAAAUUCAAUUACUUACUAUUGCGAAACUCUUACUGUUAUUGAUAGAAGAUCACACAAUAAACUGAGUAGUAAAACAGAAUCUCUCAAUGACGGCAACCUCAAUAACCGCUGAAAGAAAUACACAAAAUGCACAGUUAAUUUGUGAACUUGCGUACGGGGUGAAGAACGCAUGUGCACAAGACACUGAAACAAAAAAUUAUUGCCAAAUAUUUGCCAUGUACUGUAAAGCUCUUACGUUGUAUGUAUAUCAAGCAUUAAACAUAUUUACCGAAACGAAAAGAGAUAUAAGAAAAUGUGCACAGUGUACAGCAAGCUGAACUUUAGACUGCACUUGAGCUUAGCUUUCGGGUACCGUAGUGCAUUUUAAAGUGUGUGUUUUGAAGGCUUAAGCAUUGUAAACAACUCAAGCAAGAGAAAUAAAUAUGAUUUGUUUGCUCUCUUUGGAAUUGUGUCACGGCAUUAAGUCGAUGUGUGUAAAUAUAAUGAUUAAAACAUAAAUAAUAUCCGAUAUGAAAUACUAUCCAGUGUACAGAAAGGAACUUUUUACGGUUGUGGAAAUUAUAUGCAAAAUUAAUUAUUGAAGCAAUCAUUUCUCUGUAGAAAACCACGAAUACAUACAU